CAGCAAAUGCGGUGGGAUUGCAACUUUAUCUGAGCUCUUCUGAGCUCUCUGAGCUGUGGACAGUUUCGCUAUUGAUCUCUGUGAUUGCACUUUCCACCACUAAGAAAGUCCAUAGGUGAAAGCUUGUAGAUCUCAAGGCUUGUGACAGGCUGAGAGAACCAGCACCUGUGAAAUGAUGGCGUUUCGCUUUUACCUCCACUAAAUCACGAGGAUCGGCCGCUGUCAUCAUUGCGACCUUUAAUUUCAACUUCAUGGCAUCUUUCUCUGUUUAUCAGAUAGACGUCUUUUAUUCUCAUAAUGGCGAGCAAUAUUAGCGAAGAUUCAGUGGAAAAUAACAGUCCAGAAACCUUAGGCCUUAAGCCUCCCUCGCGGUCGAAAUCGCGUACAAAGUCCGUGGACGAGCUUGUUGCUAAACUGGAGGAGCAAAACAGGUAAGAAUAUCUAGUACGGCCUACACUUUCCUCUUUUCUUGCUGGUAGAUAAGGUAAAACGCGUCUUAAUUCUCAUUUCAAGAGGUAGCCAAAACAGAGAGAAAGCGAAAGCAAUUUCAGGUUGACGAGUUCGCAUGCUUUGAGCUUCAUAAUAAGCUUAUUUUUCUUUCUAUUUCCUCGGGUAGAACCUCUCGUUUAGCUUGACAGAAAUAUGCAUAACCUUAUAUUUGACGUCUUUUCUUCUGCAUUUUAAUGAUUGAAUUGUCAAUAUCUCCCCUUCUCUUAUCUUUAUACUGUUUUGAGAAGAGAGCUACUCAAAAUACAUUAUUCAUUUCGGUGAACAUGAACUCUUAUGCAUUCGAUCAGUGCCAAUGCGGCUUUCCUACACUUCAAUGUUAUUGGUAACAAAUAAUUAUUGAGAGCGCUCAAUUAUUUAAAUAGUUUGUCAUCCUUGGGUGACGCAUUUCCGGUAAAUAGGCAUGGUCAAAUUUUUAGUUCCAAACAUUUAGUACAUUUAACAUUUUCAUGUUAUUAAUAUUUAAUUUUUUGGCAACAUCUAUGUUGCAGUUAAUUUUUCAUCCCAGGUAAUUUUUCUUUUUCUUUUGUUUUUUUGGUAUUGUAGUAUAUUCUAAUGAAGUUGAAACAAAGGAAAAAUAAAAAUUAUCUAGGAUAAAAAAUUAACUACAACAUCUACAAAAGCUUUCAAUAUUUAAAAUAUUCUCUACUCAACACUACAUAAACUCAAUUUGUUUAAAUCUUAGACCUUGAGUGGUGGGAGCACUUUUUAAAGCGAUUAAUUUUUUUAGCUGUUAUUUUGAUUUCUAAGGAUUAACGGAAAUCUGUUAGAACCCUGAGUUUUCUCCCACAUCAAGUAUCACACAUCAUUCAAAGUACAGUCAGUCAUAAUCAUUGUAAUCAGUAAAGUAAAAGUCAUUAAAGGUCAUUUUAUUUUCACUGUUGCCAUCAUUAAUUCAAGGGAGACAGAUUAUAAACAGAUGUUGCUGUUAAAAAUAUCUAACUGUAUGUUAAUUUGUGCAGUUUUCUUAUAGGCUUUUUUCAAUAAUACCAAUAGAAAUACAGUUUAUGUGUAUCACAGAAUUUCUCUAGGGACUUACAAUCGCUCCAAGAAAAAUAUUGAAAACAAUGCUUAAGCAAAAUUUUGGAGGGAAAACAAAGAGUUUUAUGGUAUUUUUGAAAAAGGGUUAUAAUUAUUAAAUAUUGCACUCACUAAUGAGGCUACGGUUAAUUUUUAGAAAUCAGCACAACCUACAGAUUAGUUGGAUAUCUGCUUACAGAGAACUGACUAAUCUGUAGAUUGCAUGCACAGUAUAAUUGUCAUUUCCAAGACCAAUGUCAGCCUUCCAGUCAUGUGACAGUGUGUUUUCUGUCAUUUUCUUCACGUCUAACAACUGAAAUCACAUUCCGUGAGAUGCAAUUCGUGUUGCACAGGAAAUGAGACGUGACUGGUAAUGUACUUUUGAGUUGUACUGUAUAACUCUCACUCAUUUGCACUAGAUUUGGCACAUGGGGAAAAUGUGGAUAACUGAAAUAAUAAUAAACACUGUAAAGCUCUGCGUAAGUGUUAUCAGCCUCAGAUUUAGCCUUGGCAGAUGAAACUUACCUAGACCUUGAUUAUUCAGAGAAUACCACAAGAAUCUCAUCCAAUAAUUGUUUAUGGUCUUACUUUCCAUGCCAGGUUGCUUAGCAGUGAUGCAAAAGCCUUGACAACUAUUCCUGAUGGCGCCAUAUUAUCACCAGCCACCAGCAACAUUAAAAGAUGGUCAUCAUGCAGUGUAGGAAGUAAUUCCUUAGAUGGUGCCUCCGCAGAUUCCCCAGAGACACCAGAAAAUUACGAAGAAGUCUGUGUGGAGGCGGACACCUAUCACCAAUGGGGACAACUCAUCGGCAACUGGAAUGACACACACAAGAAGAAGCCCAAACUAGUAAGGGAGAUGGUGAGGAGAGGAAUUCCCAAUGCUUUACGUGGAAUGGUGUGGCAGCUGCUUUGUGAAGCAAGGGAUCUUCCACUCAAAGAUCAAUAUCCUCAACUUAUUAAGGUGACUAGUUGUGUUAGUGUACCGUAAAAUUCCAAAAGUAAGCCCCUCCAAAAUAAUAUAAGCCCCCCAAAAUUGUAAUGCAAAAAACUCUCCCUUAAAUCACCCCUCCGAAUAUAAGCCCCCUGAGGGGAUUGUACUUGGAAUUUGCCCCUGAAUACAAAGUAAAACAAAGCAAUAAUGAUAAAUUUCCUUUCCACUACAAGCUAGCCCAAUCGAUUUUGAAGGGCAAAUUUCCCUCUGUACAUAAGCCCCUCUGAAUAUAAGCCCCUCAAAAAGGGCCUUUGAAAAAUAUAAGCCCUGGGGCUCAUUUUGCGGAAUUUUACAGUAUGCUAUUUGUGUGCAAUUUUACCCAAUGUGAUCUUGGAUCUCAGUCAGACAACAAAUAUUUAUUGUUAAAUUUAUUUACAACAAAAAAGCUAAGGCAACUUGGAAGGAGAAUAGCUUACUUCUUUUUUCAAAACACACCAGAGAAAACUCCCCAUUUUCCAACCAGUUACUGAUGUUCGAAUCCUAUAGACGUUAUUUUAUUGCUACAGGUAGGAGUAAGGACAUGUCUUUUUUUGGGAGUGAACUAUUAGAUAGCAGAUUCAUCUUAAGUUUGCGAAACCUUCAUUACAUGCUUUCUGUUCAAAUAGGUUGUAAAAUUUUGUAAUAUUUGAUGUACAUGUAUAAUGUCAGUUUGUCAUCACAAUAUUGUUUGAGCCAGCAGACUUGGGAAAUUGACACAGACAAAUAAUUGUUUAUAAUUUCUUAAUUCAUGCUCAAAUUUGGUGUUUUAGGCACUUUAAUCUGCUACAGGUAGAUGUUUUACAAAUAAAUAAUUUUAUUAAAUUGUAACUAUUCUUGCCUGGAGUUUUUUUAGUUGUUGUAUCAUGACACAUGUACAAUGUACAGUAUCCAUUAUUUGUGUAGAGCAACUCAGCCUGUGAACGGAUGAUCAAACGCGACAUUGCUAGGACUUUUCCUGAUCAUUCAUUCUUUAAAGACAAGGAUGGAAUUGGGCAAGGAACUCUCUUUAAUGUCAUAAAGGUAACUUGAUAUGAAGUGGUUGACUUAUGUUAUACCUGCCAACUCUCACGCCUGCAGGUUGAAAACUUCGAUCUCACGCCGGCUCACGCCUGCGGGCCAAUUUCUCACGCCUGAUUGAAAAAUGUGAGUUGUUGCCGUCCUGCUUGACACAAUUUCCAAAAAUAUGUUAACUCAGACCCAUGUAAGGAACGAAAACCAUGUGUAAAAUGAAUAAAUGGCAAUACCUUCUUCGCGAUCUCUGAUUUUUGAGGUGAAAAGCACUGGGAGCGAGCUCGCCUUUGGCAGACUUCGGACGUCUUCGGAAGACUUCGGACUUCUUCAGGAAUCUUCGGAAAUGAUCGUGUCGUCUUCAAAAAUCCCAGCACUCCCAGGAUAAAAAUCUCACGCUUAUAUCUCAGAAAAAGUUGGCAGGUAUAUUAUGUUUGUGAAAAAGUACACAAUGUACAUGUAGUUAAAGGAAUUCGUAGCAUGAGUGUAACUUGCUAAUCAUUAAUAUUGUUUGUUUUUCCAGCUUAGUUAAGAUCUUUAAUGUUCUGAAGACAAUAUUGUCAGACAAUGUAUUGUCAGUUAGCAAAGUUUAGAUAUUGUUUCUGCAGCCUUCUCCUUGAUUGAGCCUAGCAUGGUUGUGAACUUUUUCUGGAACUGGCUCUCUUUCUUAGCUUGGUUUGAUGUAUUCUGACAAUCAGUCAUUGAGUUCUUUAUUCGAGGACAUUAUUAUUAUUUCGUUCUACAGAAAUAAUAAUAUUAGAACCAUCUUGGGCAGCAGGUGUAUGUUUUCCUGAGAUUGAAAAAUGAAUAUUUUAUUUGCAGUUUUAAAAUAGUACAAUGUAUUUUAUAAUAAUGACAUGUAACUUCCCCGGUAAAUAGUGCCAAUACCAUGGAUACUAAUUGUUGGGCAUCACUACAUUGAUAAACAUCUUUCUUAAAAGUGCAUGUAGAUUGUCAAACAGAAAAGCAUCAUUUUAUGAGAAUGAAUGUGUUUAUACAACAACUCUUUGUAUGAGAAAUGCAGGUUUUAUUUAAAUUAAAUUACUGUAUUUAGUGGUUAACCCCUUAAACCCCUAAGAUCAAAAUUAACAUUCUCAUUUGUUGCCUCUAUUCAUUUACUAUAGAAUUUGUGGGGUGAAGUUAAAAAAAGAUCAGGCAAAUUCUUGUGUGAUCAUACCCUUAAUUCUCAUUACCCCACUGUUUUUGAAAACAUAAGAUACAUUACAAGGAAAAAUUUAAUAAAAAAAGGUUGAGUUUGAUCGUCUGGGUGAACAUAGUCCUGAAUAGGACUGUUGUUGUUGACAGUGACUGACGUUUCGACAACCUGUGCGUUAGUCAUCUUCAGAGUCAAAGUGAGUUGUAUCAACUGUUAAGUUCUCAUUCAGUUUUCAUUAUUUUUAGUUUCAUUUCAUUUCCAGUGUUUCAUUUAUGUCAUUGCUUUGUUUCUAAUACUCCCCCUGGAUAGCUCUUAUUUCAGUCGAUUGCACGUUUCUCGCAUGAUACAGUAGAAGAAUAAGUUUUUGUGUCAUUUAGUUUCGUUUCGUUUCGUUAUUUGGACGUUUACUGUGUGGGUCAUAUAUGUAAGUAAUCAUUUUCGUUUCCUUUCGUAGAUAUUUUUGUUGAUUUAGUCUUCAGGUUAUUGAUUUAGUACUUUAUUUGUCCCCUCGUGGGCAUACAUGUUAAUUUCGUAACAAUUUCGCAUAUUUCGUUAUUUACUACAGUAUGGAUAUUUCAGUUACCUUUCUACUAAUUUUAUCAUCAUCGAAAGUCAAUAUAUAAAGCAUUUUAUUUAGGUUUACAGAUGUAUUUGUUAAGUGUUUUCCAUGCAACAAUAAGAAUCUUCAUGUGCAGGGUUCCGCCCCCAAAAUGCACAAGCUUGUACUUUGUCAUUAAGCCUUUUGUACACCAUUAUGUUUAUCGUCUUUUGUUUCGAUCGCUACUCAUUUAUAUUUUGAUUUCCGUUAUAAGUUAGUUCAUUUAGUUGUAUUUGUUUUUUAGUUUAAGAGAAUCAUUGAUCGCUGGCAAGAAAUAAAUCAAGUUGAUUACAUCACAUCAUUUCAUCGCCUGCAAGUUUUUGAUCUCCGUAUUUAAAUAUCCCCGAUCAGUUAGCGACACGUUUGAUUUGUUAGUAAAGAACAUGACCGUCGCUUCGCAUUAACAUCAACCUUUUGAAAUGACUCCUGGGUUCAAGCCUUUCACAGAGAAAGUUAAUGUUGAUCACUCUUAAGGCUUAAAGGGUUAAAUCAUGUGGAUUACUGGUACAAAAAAUUAAAAAGAAAAUUUAAUUAUGUGAUUCAUGCUAAAUUGUAAUAGGCUUACUCCAUUUGGGAUAAGGAGGUUGGAUACUGUCAAGGAAGUGCAUUCAUUGUUGGCAUAUUGUUAAUGCAGGUAAGAUUAAGCUUGUAUAAAUUUGCCUCUGUUGUAAAUGUAUAUAUAUUCAGGACAAGCGGAGUUGGUUUGAUCUAUUCUUGAUAAGUCAACUUCUUUCCUGACUUACAUGUACAGCAUCUAUUUAGGAAAGAUUGAAGUGACUCUUGCUGGUUGGAAUUUUGGGAGGAAUGCUGAAAUAUUAAUUGAAAUUGUUGUGCUUUAAAACUCAAAAGUAAAAAGCUAACCAAAAUUUACUGAGAAUUGCAACGCAUCCCAAACUCACAGCUUUUCAAACUUGACUGCUCUACCUCGCUGACUAUUCCUGAUGUUCCAGUCAAAGAUUAAUAUUUAUCAGUAAAAAUGAUUUCAUGUUUGUCGCAAGAUUUGGAAUUUAGCAAACAAGUUAUUCGAUUCAGGGUUAUACUAUAAAUGUCUCGCACAAGAAACAUCUGAUCUACGAGCAUCUUAAUCAGGUUUCAAAUGCCACUCUCUUCACUUCAAUGCAAAUUUGCGAAGCCCCCUCCUCUGCGGUAGUUUCAAUUUACAAUCUCACAGUUAUUUACAUUUAGUUGCUGUUUCACCUGUGUUAAAAAAUUCUAAUGACUCCUCUUCUGUCAGUCAAAGUGGUUCAUGUCACAAACGCUGAUUAAGAAAACUAGGCAAUUAAAUAGUUAAUAGUAUUCACUUGAGAUCAAGUGACAGUAACUUAUGUACAGUACUAAGUUGAGAGUAUGUACAGUAACUUCCUUCUUAGCGAAAUUAGAGAUGCUACACACUUACAUGUACGUAAUAUAAAUACUUCUAAUUACAUCUCUAUUCUUCUUUUGUAGAUGCCUGAGGAAGAGGCAUUUUGUGUAUUUGUAAAACUUAUGCAAGAUUACAGAAUGAGGGAAAUAUUUAAACCAACAAUGGCAGAACUGGGCCUUUGUAUCUUUCAGCUAGAAAGCUUCUUACAGGUACAUUUUGGACAGAGGAGGCAACAUUUUGUUUUGUUUUCUUGUAUGCACAUACAUAGCCUGAGGAAACAGCCAUUGUUUUGCGAUGCCACCACUGGUCUCUGCACUCUCACCGUCUAUGAAAUGACCUGAGAAAUGAGCAAGGAGUUUCCAUACUGAUGAUGUGUGACUACCCAGAUCUGGGUAGUGCUUCUGAUUGGUUGUACCACUUUAAUAGGAAAUUUGCUUCAGCCAAUCAGUAUGGAAUGAUGAUGUGUCAUCAGUAGGGAAUUUCUUCGCAUGUUUUUCAGAGGCCAUUUUGCAGGGAAACCAGUGGUUGCAUUGCGUCCGAUGCUAGUAAUAUAAGCAGACAAUAAUAGUUGUAUUUACUCAAUAAAGCACUCCAGAACGUGCACUCUUGUUAUAUUGCAUUAGCCAAUUCUCUUCACUAAAAGCAGUGCCGUAGCCAGACCAAACGGCCAACCGAGGCAGGCGGGAGUUGCUAGGGGGGUUCGGGGGCAUGCGAUUUGCAGCGUUUUCUGUUCCUUUCGGUAACUUUUUUUCGAGUUAAUUUAAGUGGAAUUUAAAAAGCAAUAAUCAGAAACAAGCUACAUAAUCUGGGUGACCGUUAACCUCGCCAAUGGUUUUGAUCAGUAUUUGUUCAAAAAAAAUUUGAGUUAACGUACGUAGCCCCUUGAGAUCGAUGAUAUGGUAAUUUUUUCAUAGUAUAUUGACUGAAUUGCUGAAUUCUUUGUAAUAUCAUGAUGCGUUAAAAAUAUCCGAUGAUCGCUUAUGUAAAAUAAAAAUGAUCGGCGAAAUUCGUCAAAAUUUUACCGAGGCGAGUGCCUCGGUUGGCCUCAUACUAGCUACGGCGCUGAAAAGGUCUGCAUUUAUUGGAUAGCAAAUUCAUGCUUAUUGCUGGGAUAAAAAAGCAAUAAUAAGUCACUGCCUCAAUUAGGCGCUGCUCAUUGAUUAUUGUUGAAUCUUUUGUCGUUGCUGUUGCCUUUUUCACUGAAAUGAUUGCUGAACAUAUAAUUUACAGUGCAUACCAGUGCUUUGAAAACAAUGGUGCUUUCAUCUUUAAGAACUGGUAGAAAGACUAGACCAGUGUUAUUUUGUGUCUUUUAUAUAAAAAUAUCAGUGGUGCUGCCAUUGUUGAUGCCCCAGAUUAGUACAUGUAUUAAUCGAAGUUUAUUUUUUAUCCCUUUAAGGAGAGUCUACCUUUGUUGUUUUCACAUUUUCAAGCCCAGGUUAGUUCUGUACAUAGUGAUGGAAUGAACAGGAUCUACUGCAGCCUAAAUUGAUAAAAGUACAUGUGUAUGGGGAAAUGUAGUUUGAUACAUGUAUAGUAAUUAUUGACUGUCAUCCAUUCACUAUCCCAAUGUCUGGCUCCAAAUCCCGUUUCCCUUCCCAUGUAGGUUGAAUCAUUGAAAAUUCCAAUUGCCCGGAAGGAGAAGGGUCUUAGUGGCCAAAAUUGUGGAAGAAAAGUAUGACACCCCCCUACAAACCAAUAAUCCCUUCAUGGGAGGAGUAUGGAUAUUUUUCUGGAGAAACACAUCUACAGGCUGUAUGUAGAUUUUCACAUAACAUUGUAGAAAAGAACUUUGUGAUAGAAGAUUAAUUUGUUUUGUUAUAAUAAUUUAAAGGAGCUAGUUACACUGUACAGUUUCUCAAUUUUGAAAAAACUUUACCCUAAAUUAAUUUUUUAAGUGAAAUAUUUCUAAUUGCUUUUAAUCUCCUUUUUCCUUGUCGUAGGGUUUCCACACAGCUAUGUAUGCAUCAUCGUGGUUCUUGACACUGUUUGCUUCUGUGUUUCCCCUGAAUGCUGCAUUUAGGAUAAUGGACGUUUUUAUUUGUGAGGUAUGGCUCCAGCAUGGUUUUGCGAUGCACAUGCCACUUAAAUAAAUUAAAAUGUUGAAGCGUUUGACACUUUGUUCUUUCCUAGUAAGUGUAAGAGGCAGAUUUUUUCUUUUUUUGUAACAUUUUGCAUUCUAGCACAUGCAAAAUAAUUUGAGUUUCCCAGAACAGGAAGUAUACUUAUUAAUAAUUACUAGGCAAUGAAAAGCCUAUUAAUAGCGAAGCUCUUCUUCCGUGUUCUCUCGUAUGAGAACCCCGUUAUAAUAAAUGGGAAAUGGCCAUAUUAUUAUUCUGUUGUCGUUGUUACGUGACUGCGUAGGUACAUCAGUAAAGGAAACAUGCACUGCUUGUGCGCAAGGGCAGCCCCGGGCAAGCCGUGUUUAUCUCGGUGGAAAAUCGUAUGGCAGUAAAAGAAAAAAGUGAUUUAUCCAAAAAAAAUACGCACUUUCCUAGGUUUUUAACUCAGGUCCUUGGAACGGGUGCCUUUGCUCUUUUUUAGUUUAAUUGCCUUUUUUUGAACGGUUUUGAUCUGUUAGCAUGGGAUCUCUUUUUGUUUUGGAACUGUUCGUAGACUGAGUUUGAUUGUUGUGUUCUGUUGCCCUUUUAAAGGGAAGGGAAGGUCUCUUUCGUGUGAUAUUGGCGAUGCUUACACUGGGACAAGAGGAAAUACUGGAACUUGAUAUUGAGGGAAUGCUUAGGGUAAGUCAGUCAGACAAUCGAUAGUCUCUGGCCUGGGAGCAAGCUCUCUGGGGCGCUCUGGCGGCGGGGCGGGAAGAGGAAGGAGAGCUUGCAACUACAUGUACAUGUACUUGGUCUGGAAGUUGAAAAAAUCGAUGCGAAAUGCUGAUUUGCGAAGAUGACGUUAGUAAUGACGUCAUUAUCGUUGGCACGUGUUUUUCACUGUUUGUUAAUAUUUGCGCUCGUUUUCGCUUCGCGCUGAUUGGCAGAAAUCUGACAGCUCAGUCGAUGGGGAGCCACAGGGGAAUACUAUUGGAGGUGGAAUUCAAAUUGCAAGCUCUCCUUCCUUUUCCCGCCCCGCCGCCAGAGCGCCGUGGAGAUCUUCCUCGCAGGCUUAUAAUUCUCUGUAACUCACAACACAUCUCAGGCUAUGUUCACUCUAUACCGAAUACAUAGCUUUUCCGCCCGCACGAAAACCAGACCGGAUAGGACUACUGUUCACACAUAAGUACGGUGAUUUCGGCGCGAUUUCUGUGACGGAGCGAAGCUGCCCCUCGCCGAUCUCUUAACCGGAGAGUCACAUAUCGGACAGGUGGUCAUACGAUACCGGAUAGCCUUUAGUGUCAGCACGAUAAGCUAUGCGGUAUAGAGUGAACAUACUCUUAAACUUCUACUGUGUGUGCCGUACGUAGUGGCAAGGCUUUUUUUUACCUUAUCUGUCGUGUUUUUUGCUCCCUUUUAAAGUAUUUUCAGAAGGAUAUGCCGGACAAAUAUGAAAAGGACAUGACGGUACUUAUGAAGGCGGCCGCUGAAGUAAAAGUGAGCUCAAGGAAAUUAAAGAGGUAGGUUAUCACUCAACGCAAAGUCAGUGAGUACGCGUUGAUUGCUGUUAGUGUACUCUGAGGACAAUUUCCCAACUACAAGCCCCCGGGGGGCUUAUAUUUGGAGGGGUGAUUUAACGGAGGGUUUUUCGCGUUACCGGAUUGGAGGGCUUAUAUUUUGAAGGGCUUAUACAUGGAGGGGCUUAUUUUCGGAAUUUUACGGUAUUAAGCUUAGCAUCGCGUUUACGUCCAACGGCAAACGUGAAUUUAUACCUUAUUACCAAGUUUCCAGACACGAAAAUCGGUAGAUUCACGCCAAUUCUAUCCUUAAGAAUUGUUUUAAGCUGUGUUAUCAUCAGCUCAUUUCUCAGUUUUGAAAAUUUCUCAACUUGAAUCUCACGUUUUGCCGUUUGCCGUAAAUGCGAUGCUUAAUCUCUCUAAUCAUUUUUUCCUUGUACGGAUAGUAAGAGAUACGUCUGAAUAUUUUUCUGCUUUGAAAGGUUAGAGAAAGAAUACACACGUGUAAAACACAAAGAAGCAGAAGAUAAUGAGGAAUUGCGGCGAUUAAAAACCGAAAACAGACUACUUCUUCAGAGAAUAGACGAGCUUGAAAAGGUAGGAGACAUGGGUCAGUUGGAUUUGUUUGCAAUUGCAUGAACUCAUUAUUUAUUCUCGUUUUCUUUUGUUUGUUAUUAUACUAUCUUUGGAUCUUGCAUGCAUUUUGGAAUGUUUUGUUCAACAACUUAAAGUAAACCGUUGACACAGUUACGCAAUCAGUCCAUCGGAGACGAACUAACGAUAGCAUUUUUAAGUGUCUUUUGAAAUUAACAUCGAUCUUCUUUAGCAAUCAUUUGCUUUACCUAUUCUCAAAAAAUCUUAAAACAAGUGUUGUUGAUAUACAUACUUUUUUCAUUUUUUGUUUUUUGUUUUUAUAGGAGGGGGCCAAUUUAGCCGAUAGAUUAAUACAGGUAAACGGCUUUUUCUGUGCAGAUGGAAUGGGCAGUGUUUAAGUUUAGAACCGUGACUAAACUAGGGCGCAAGUUUACACCACAAUCUUGUUUGUCUCCAGACUAAAUUUAUGUGGCGACAUAGAGCCAAGUCCAUCCCUGCUCAUGAAAUCCAGAGUUUCUUCACUUCUUACUUGGUUCUAUACACUUCUCAGAGGUGUGGAAGUAGUGAAUAGUCUGACAAAGUCAGGAUAUUGUCACACUUUUACCCAGUCACGAACCCUUUGUAAUUCUUUACUUCGUUCAGUGUGGAAGUGUGGAAUAGCGUGGCGACAUAAACGCCUAAGUAAACGCACAUGUACUUGGAUGUAAAAUGCCAGUUUCAGUGCAGUUCAGGUAAGGUCUAAGAGACCACAUCAAGCGUGAGUUGCGUCGGUUUAUGAAACAAUACAUCUUGAGCCUGCGUGCUAAGAUUUUGGCCGGAUUCUAGUUUCAGCACCCCACUUCUCCUUUGGGUCAGAGCUUGAUAGUCAGUUACUCCUUUGUUGAACUUUACUCUGUUGUUAGGUUUUCACCUUAUGACGUUCUAAUUCCUCUUAUUUUAGGGCCAAAUUACUCGAGCUGAAGAACAAGAGCAAAUUUAUACUCUCAGGAGAGAUCUUGUACUUAUAAGAAAACACGACGAGGCCACAACGCUGGCUCUUUUGGAGGCCAACAGACGUAUAGAGGAACUCGUCAUGUUUAAGGUUUGAAACAUAGUUGCUUUGUAAGAUGCCGGUGUACAGUAAGAUGUAAAACUGAUUACGAAAAGUCAAAGUAGAUGUGAAGAUACAUGUUAAUCGUUGUCCGUCCUUAUAUGCAUUUAAAAACUGAAAAGAGACUUACUUUGUUGACUUUAAAAAAAUGCACCUUAUUUGAGUGUCAAAGUAUUUAGCAAGAAAGUACUAAUUGGAGACACUAUUUUUUACGUCUCCAACUGGAAACGGGACCGCCAUUUUACGUGGUCAUCCGAGCCUCGCGAAGGUCUAGCCGCUCUCUGUGCAAAGAGAGUACCUGCUUUCUUGCGACCGAAAAAUAUCGACGCGGACGGGGUGUUUUGCCUGAAAGCCGCCCUCCGAUUUGCCACCACGUGUUCCAAAAUAGCCAGUAAAAUUGCCCGAAAAUAAGUCAGUGGCCUGGAUUAUAAGUACAUACAAACUACUGCUCCAAACGCAACCCGAUUCGUGAUUCGUGAAAAAUUAAUCAAUUUGUACCGAUUAGUUAAAAGUAUUAUUAUCGUUCAGAAGCUCUGCAUCUUUUUUUGUUGGUUUGACUUAUAUCUGUUGACUGAAAUUGUUAAUGAGAUGCCUUUCUUUGUAGAAUCACAUUAUUAAUGAGAUGGCCUCACGCCAGGACGCCUCUCCCCCCUCCCCAAGGGAUGUCAAGCUUAUUUCAUUAGAGGCAGAAUUGGAAGAGUGUAAGAAAAGGGAAUCCAAUACAAAUCAAAUUAUUAACGAUAUGACGAAGAGAACACGGGAUUUGGAAAACGAGGUUGGUCAUUUUCUUUGUUUUAUGAGAACCUAUCCCUAGGACGCAAAGGUGAAUGCUUACUCGAAUUUUUGUAUCACAUCUUGGUACGUGCCAUUCUUGGGCCCAUUUAGUUUGCUUUGAAGUCGACCAGUAUAUUUCAAUACGGUUUUGAAAGUACCCUGCGCGUUGCAUUGUUUCUUGUUUGUUAAAGAUGGUCAACUUUUGAGUUAAAGUUAAAGAGCAUUUUGUGAGCAGUUAAGGUAAAAUUGAGACUGCUUGCAGUCGUUCUGGCUUACAGGCCGGAAAAGCUGGCUGACCUAAAACCAGCGAGUGAGCGAUGCGGUGUAUGGUUCACCUGCUGUCGAUUUACUCUCGCUGUGGUUAGCAUCCAAAGACAAAUUAUGCACCAAAACAAAUUUAGGGGACUACAUAGAUAUGCGUGGCUGUCAUUUAUGGUUAAUCUAACUCUACAAUGAACAACCAACAUUUGGGGAUUUAUGGAUUGCUUGGAGGCUAAUAGGCCCCUAACAGAGUAAACGCGAGGCUAUUUAGCAAUUAUUCCUCGAGUCCAUGAGGCCGAGAGGAAUAAUUGUUUUAGUAAAAUCCAACUAGUUGGUCAAACAUGUCGAGACAAAACACCUUUAGCUAGUAGAACGUGAUUCAGCCACCGCUGUUUCGGUUUUCAAAGCCAGCGCUCUUCGCUACUAGUGGGCUAUAACAUAUAGCCCAGUAGUAGCUCAACCAAUCAGAACGCAGCAUUGAUAAUAGACCACUAGUUGGAUUUUACUAAAAGGCGUUAUACAUGCACUGAGUAGACCCUGUCCAAUUCCUCUAGCUCUAUCUGGCAAAGGAAGAUGCAUCCAAGUCAAAGUUCCCUCAAGUGACCUUCACAGGAUCAAAUGGAACUGAGACACAAGAAAAUGGAACUGAAAAUGGCAUGUCUAAAAACAGUGCAAGCUGAUGGUGAUGUUGCUUGUCCAAAGGUACAGUUUUCAUCUGUUAAACUGUGCGCCUCCUUUGUGAAUGUUUACUUCAGUUAUUGAGAAAUUCUAAGGUUCCUUUGGACUUCUACUGUCUUUUACUUCUGUACAAAAGCCUGGAGAUUGUCCACGAUUUAAACUCUCUUGCUUGGUAUACUUUAUGCCACUUAAAAAGAAUAUCUAGAUGUAUUUUAAAGGCAAGGUAGACUACGAGCAGCCGUUCUCUUGUGUUUCGCGGCGUUGCCGCUUACCGCUCGGUAGUUACGGUGCCACUUCACUUGCUUUGAAGCAGAAUAUAAAGAGGCAAUUUGAGGCUGGGUUUGUUUAUUUUAGUUGUGCGUAUAGUACAAAAUAUUUCCACUUGAGGAUGAAGCAAAUUUUUGAUAAUCGAUAGUUCUCUGCGCCACUGAGGUUUUUGGUGGCGAAUGUUUGACUUUACUGGGGGAGUGUUAAAAAUGUAAGUUUUUCAAAACGUAUUUUCAGGAAUAAUAUUAUACGAGCGGUUUUAGGUUGUGUCAACAGUCGGUUAAUUUUCGGGUUAAUUUGCAUUUGUCGUGCAGCUCAAAAUAUAGCGUAGGAGAACCUGAACCAUUUUUGUAUCAUGCAUCAGAUUUAAAUGGAUAAAGUAUUAAUUCCGUUGUACAUAGUAAGCAUUGUCUUUGCCUCUUGAAGUCUCUGAAUAGCAAGAUGCUUAAUGACAAUAAUUUUUGUUGAAUUUAUAAAGUGGAGAUGGUAUUGUUGAAUUUUUCUGCAAGUGACGGAAAGCAAUACAAGUAAAGUAAAC